UGCUAGAUUGGCAGGGAUGGAAAUGGUUCUACCAAAGAGCUAGGUUAAAAAAAGCUGAGCCAGGAGGCCCAACUCAAGAACUCUGUCAUCUGGAUCAGAGGACCAGCUUUACCGGUGGAAGACAAAAUUUGUGCCUCCACCUCUGCAUGGGCUGGAAGGGGCCUUGCCCAAGAGACAGAAGCGGAUUUCACAGGAAUAUAGUUCUAGAUGGAACCUUAGGCCUAUAGGUUUGGUGAUCAGGCGUUUAGUUAAUGGGCCCACACACACCCUAGGUUACCUCAGAAAGGGUGACAUGGGAGGUCUGCUGAGGGCAAUCUCUGGCCCUGUGUGAGGUGAGGCUUGGUUGCUGGGUGACUGUCCCAGAGCAGGCACCCUGUGUCUGCCUGCUGUGCUCAGUCAGCUAUAGCUACCCUGGUACUGCUCUUUCCCUUGCCAUUAUGGCAAGGCAACUAACCAUGGACACAGUGCGGCAAAACUUCUGGAAGGAGGAAUAUCUAAGGGAGAAGAUGUUGCGCUGUGAAUGGCACUGCAAGUUCGGAACUCUAGUGAAGGCCAAGCAGAAGGCUAAAGCUGCAGCCCAUCUGCCCUCCAAACUGCCCAUCCUGCUCCCCAAGGCCCCAGUCUCACCACCACCACUUGUCUCCAAAUCAGCCCCUAAGGUCCCCAGUCCUACCCCGGAGGCUUCUUUUCAGUCAGAAAUGUAUCCAGUCCUGCCUGCUACCCGAGCCCUACUGUAUGAAGGAUCUCAUGAUUUGUAGGGGCGCUACCUCUACCUCAACACCCGAAAACUGGACCUGCCAGAGACACGCUACCUGUUCCCCACCACCACCAACUUCACAUAUGGCUGGCAGCUAGGCCCUCCAACAAAGCACAAACUGGUCUCCUGCAAGAUGUGCCGAACUGAGUCAUUUUUCCAUAAGAAUGGGGCCUUCGCACUACUGGACCCCGGAGACCUGGCCCUCUGACCUUGGGCCAAGUAGUGAUUCAGGGCAGCAGGAAAGGAAUAAUAGGACUCCCGGUGGAGCCAAGCUGCUGCUGCUGUGUGUGUGUUUGUGUCUCUGCCCUCCUGAUGCUGCACUCCGAAC